AUGGGAACAGUAUCACCCGUAUCAUUCUCGAAUACGCCGCUUUCUGCCACGGACAGUAGCUCGCACGCAAACGCUAAUGGAACCUCCACUAAGGUCAAGAGGAAAAGAAAUAGAGUGCCUUUGAGUUGUACCAUCUGUAGGAAGAGAAAGGUCAAGUGUGAUAAGAUUAGACCUCAUUGUCAGCAAUGUACCAAGACUGGGGUGGCUCAUUUAUGCCACUAUAUGGAACAAUCAUGGGCUGAGGAGGCUGAGAAGGAACUCUCGAAGGAGACGGAGUUGAAAAUGCUGAGAGAUAGAGUUAAAUCCUUGGAAAAGACAUUGUCAAAGAUUCAUAACUCCUCGAUGAAAAAUUCAAAUGGGAAUGAUAUUAUUAACACUUUGAAUGAUGAUGCAAAUAAUUUGAAAUUGAAUGGGAAUGGGAAUAGUAAUAGAAAUGGUAAUUCCAUACAUUUAAUGAAAAAUGAAGGAGGAGCCGGAACAGGAUCAGUGUCGGGUAGAAAUAAUUUGUAUGCCAAUAAUAAGGAUAAUAUAGAAGAGGUGUAUACGGAUAAGACAAAACAACCUUCCAACGACCAUGAAAAUGAUGAAUUAGACCUGACGAAACAAUUUGAUAUGUUACAUAUUAAGAAUAAUGGUACCAUUCAUUUGGGUGCCACUCAUUGGAUGGCCAUUAUGAAAGGUGAUCCAUAUCUGAAACUAUUAUGGGCUCAUAUAUUCAAUAUCAGAGGUAAGAUUAAUGAAUGGUAUUCUCAGAAAUUAUUAGCUUCCAAGAAGAAAAAAUCUGGUAGAGUCGGUAAAUGUCCCGUAAUGCACAACAAGGCAAAUGGAACAGCUGCUCUACCGCCUAAUCAUCCACCAAUUCACCCUGGAGGUAAUGGUGGUAAAUGUCCCGUGGCUCAUAGAGCCGGUGCUACAUCUGCUACCACAACAGCUGUAGCAACACCAUCUUCUUUGAAGAAUUCUACCAUUGCCACUCCAUCAUCAACUUUAUUAGUACCGACUGCAACUGUCGCUAGUGCGAACCCAUCUGUUGAAGGUAAAUGCCCCGUUAUUCAUGGUUCCACGAGUCCAUCACCAAUAUUGUCUAAUAACACUAAUUUAGAUGCAAGUAAGUGUCCAGUGGUGGGUAACAAUCCAGCUAUCAAAUUGGAAAAUGUUCCCUUUGGGUUUCAAUAUCAAUCUGGUGCUCUAAGUUCUCGUUCUUCGACAGAUCAAUUGAAUACUCUAUAUAGGGCACCAUCUCCAUCACUACCAUCAUUUCAAAAUUUCCAUUCAUCAAUAAAUCCUGCUAAUAACACAAACAAUACUAAUACGAGUGUAAUGAAUAAUAUUAUACCAGGUUUGGCAGAUACCAAAUUCAAGAAACCUUUGCCCGUAUAUCCAGUAAAUGUGGCAUCUUUAUCUCAUGCUCAAGUAGUAUCCAGAUUAACUGAAUUAUUACCUCCCAAACGUAUCAUUUCAUUGUUUAUUGAUAAAUUCUUUAAACAUAUAUAUCCUGUCAUCCCAAUCAUUGAUGAAUUAAAUUUCAGAUCUCAUAUUAAUCAAAUAUUAUCAUUGAAACCUUCACAAAACCCGGUAGAUAUUAACUCUUCAAUUCAAUUGAAUCUACCAAAGAAAUUAACUGAUUAUUGUCAUUUAGGUAUCUUAAUAAUUAUAUUAAGAUUAACUUGGUUAUCCUUACCUGGUAAUGCCUGUAAGAUUGACUUGGGUAAUAAUAUUCAUAUCUCUGAUAAAUACUUGAUACCGAAUAUGAACGUUCUAAGUGUUACAUCAUCAAAUUUGAAGGAAGAUAAUUUAUUAAUGAAAUAUGAAACCUCAUUUGAGGCGUUGGAAUUAGUGAAAAAAUAUCUGAUUAAAUUUGAUGAAAUUUCAAGUAUUUCCAAUAAUAACAUCAAUUUAACCACUAUUCAAUUUGCUAUCUUCUAUAAGAUGUAUACCAUGAGUUGUCCAAAUAAUUUUGGUAAUGAUACUUAUGAUAAUGAAACAAAUCAAAUUUUACUAUCAUCCAUUAUUCAAAUGGCAUUCAGUUGUGGUCUGCAUAGAGAUCCUGAUAAUUUUCCUCAAUUAAAUGUUGUCUCUACCCAAACAGGGCAACAAAGCCAAUCUCAACAGAAUCCACAACAAUCAUCAUCGUCUAAUGACAACACCAUGGGUAACAGUAAGGACAAUAAUAACAUAAACAACAACAAUAACAAUAAUAACUCAAGUAAUAUUAAUAACAAUGGCAACAAUAAUCCUACCACGAAUGGAAUGAACGAGCAGUUUAAUAACACUGGGAAGGAAUCACAAAACUCCACUGAAAGAUUUAAACAUACAUGGAGAAAAAUAUGGUACUACAUUAUUCAAUUAGAUGUUAAGCAAUCGCUAUCAUUAGGGACACCAAGAUUAUUAAGAAACUUAAAGGACUUCAGUGAUACCAAAUUACCUUCCUCCUCUAAGAUUGAUUAUGUUCGAGAUAUUAAGGAAUUGAUUAUCAUUAAAAAUUUUACUUUGUUUUGGCAAAUUGAUCUUUGUAUCAUUUCUGUCUUAAAUCACGUCUUAAACAUUUCGUUAGCGAAAAACGUUAGGAAAUUUGAAUUAGAUUCAUUGAUUGAAUGUUUAAAUGACUUGACAUAUGGUAAGAAAAAUAUCAAUGAAGUCAUCAACACGUUAAUUAAUAAAGGUUUACUUUCUACAGCUGAAGGUUCGAUUAAUUAUCAGGACACUGAUGAAGUUUAUGGUCUUCCAAGCUUAGAAGAUAUCUUAGCCACGCCAUCUAAUUCUAGAAGUGCAUCACCAAACCUUGGUGACAACCAUACCACUAGUGAUGAGUUUAUUGAUAAGAAAUUCGAGUCGCCUCAUGAAGCCACUACAAGAGCUUUAUUUUUCACAAAACACUUAACCUUACGAAUGUUAUUAUAUCUAUUAAAUUACAUCUUGUUCACACAUUAUGAACCUAUGGGAGAUGAGGAUAAAUUUACAAUGCAAUUAGCUAAAGGAUAUGCACAAAAAACUUUAGAUUUUGCCAUGGAUGGGUAUAGAAAUUGUUUAAUUUUUUUCAACAAUGUGAAGUACUCCAAUACUACCCCAACGAUUUUUGAAUAUUUGAAUAUCAUUUUAUCACCACAUUGUUUAGAUAUUGCUAAUAGAACAUUACAAUUUAUUGUCUGUUUAAUAUUACGUGCUAAAUGUGGUCCAUUGACAGGUAUGAAGGAAAGUUCCAUCUUAACUUAUAGUAGUGGGAACGAAGAUUCUGAUAAUGAAUUAUCUGAAUCUAAGAAAAAGAAACAGCCCGUGGAGCCACAGGUUGCUGAAUUGAACGAUGACUUAAUUAGUAAUUUGGAUAUUGAAUUAGGAGACCUUCUUGUGGAUAAAUUAUUAUUAAGAAUGAUGUUGUUCCACAAAUUAACAAAGCAACUUUCCAUCAAAUAUUUGUAUGCUACAAGAGUUGCUAAGUCUACAGGUUUCUUCAUUACUUUAUUAAAUGAACGUCAAAUGCCUACAGGUAAGAAUGGUGGCUGGAAACAUCCCAAGAUUUCAGAUUUCUUUAAGAAUGUUCCUUCUUUAGUCUUAUCCACUGAUAAUGACAGAUUAAAGAGAUGUCCAGUGUAUCAAGAUGCUCUUGGAUUUAUGGUCCCCAAAUCUUCUGGUGGUUCCAAUAGUACUAGUAAAACUUCACAAUUUGUUGCUUCUAGAUUAGGGAGAACACAAUUACCACCUUUAAGGACCUAUCAACCCAUUACUUUCACUUCCAGUGAUGGUCGUCAAAGAAAUAGAGCAGAUGAUGGUGAUGACACAUAUCAAAAGAGACGUAAGAUAGCUGCAUCUCCAGGAGAUCAAAAUGGAUUAUCAGCGUUUGCACCCUCACCAUUGCCACCAUUACCUAAUAUUGGAGGUGGUGUUGCUCCAGCUGGUGAUGUAUUCCAAAAUUUGAAUUCUUUACCACCAUUAGAUAAAUUGACAACCCAAACUCAAUUAUUAAUGCAAGAUAUGCAACCUUCUCAAAAUUCUGGAUUACCCAAUGGUAUCAAUGGUAAUAAUAAUGUCAAUAAUGGAGCUGGUACAAAUAAUAAUACUAAUUUCUCAGAUAAUAGUAUUAAUUCAUUCACUACUCCGGAAUCAGAUCUUACGAAUACUCCAGAUUUUGAAGAUUUCUUAAUGCAAAAUUCUAACAUGAAUGGACUCUUCAUUAAUCCUUCUAGUUUGGUGGAAGCCAUGACUGAAAUUACUACUACAACUAAUGCUACUAACCCAACAGGUCGUGAUGAUUUAAUGGGGAAUGUCAAUAGUAUAAUCAGUGGUAAUAAUUCCUUAAUAAAUGGUGAUAAUAAUAGUACUACUGGUGCGGCACCCGUGGGAUACGUUAAUACUUUCGACAAUCUAGAUUUUUUCCUACCAUUUGACAAUGGUGGAAUUGAUGAUAUCAAUAACGGUAGUGAAUUUGCUAUUUGGGAUUGA